AUGAGGACGCGCUCGCAAGCGGCGGCUUCGGCCUCACCGCUUCAAUCGCUGUCGCAGCAGCCCAGGAAGCCGCGUGCAAAGCCCAAGAAGAAGCAGGAGAAGCCACCUGUCGUGGAGGCCGUCGAGGCUCCUGAAGUUGUUGAAGCACCCGCUCAUGAGCCUGCUUCUGCAGAGCCUGAAGCGCCUGCUCCUGCUCAUACAACACCCGUGGCAGCUGCUCCUACGCCCGUGGCAGCUCCUCCUACACCUGCAUUUGCUCCUCCUUCACCUGCUCCUGCUCCCCCGACGCCUACUCCAGCACGCGUUCCCACUACUGCAAAGGUCACGAGGAAGACCACCAACAAAGUCACCAAGAAGGUCACCAAGAAGGCCACCAAGAAGGUCAUGAAGCAAGACGAAGCACCUGCACGAUCUACGCGUCCCCGCAAGGUCCGCGCUGCGCGAUCCGAGCCAUCGCCCGUCAGGACCACAUCGCUCCCCCAACUCUCUGGAGAAGAACUCCUUCGGCACAUUGAGAAUGCCCGCGAGGAGUGCAGGCGCGUGCAAUACGGCCGAUCCGCCCGAGCGGCCGAGGAGAAGCAAGAUGCUGAGAUGCCUGAGAUUCACGGCAAUGAGGAGAAUAUUGCGCCCGUGGAGCAACCGAGGACGCCGCCUGCCGCCAUUGCAGCAGCUCCUUCUGCGAUGCCGCGGUCUACUGGUGGCUGGGGUCUCCGGUCGUUGUUUACGAACCUCUUGCCUAGGGUGUUUGCACCUUCCGCACCUUCCGCACCUUCCACCCCAACGCCGGCGCCCAUUGGCCCAGCCUCUUCACAACAUCAACCGUCGCCCCAGGUCCAACCAUCGCCCCAGGUGCAACAGCCACCGCAAGCGCAGCAGUCACCGCAGCCCUCCCACGCGCAAGCACACCAGUCACCGCAAGCGCAAGCACACCAGCCACCGCAAGCGCAAGUACACCAGUCACCACAGGCGCAAGAGCCACAGCCUGCGCAACCAGCCACACCCGCUCCGAUCGUCCUCCCACAGGCCCAAGUCGAUGAAAUUGGUGCUGCUCUCACUCCCACUCCCGCCGCCAGGGCUUCCUCGAUCCGUUCCUCCAAGUCUACGGUUAAGCGCCGCCCAAGGAUUAGAAAGAGGACCAGCACACAGAAUGCCGUUGUAGCCACCGCUGUGUGCAACGUGAAAGAGGAGGAAAGAAGGGCGCUCGCAGCCGCAUGGGCUGAGAAGGUCGCGGACAAGCUCUCCGAGGAUGCCACUGCGAUCGGUUCCAAGCGUCGGCAGCUCGAACAGCCCAUGAAGCUCAAAGAUGUCAAAGUCAUUCCUGCGCGCCGCCCGUGGGAGGGUACAGGUUCAUACGGUCUGCUGCCGGAGUUCUUCGACGAUUCGGACUCUGAUGAGGAGGCGGAAGUUCCCGGGUGGUAUCUGGUCGACCAGCUCUUCAAUGAGCAGCCGCCACUCAAGAAGCGCAGGACUGUCAAUGGAUCGCUGGGUUCCGCCAUGUCUAUCUCCCCGAUCCGUUCCCCCAAAUCCAGCCCUCAGCCUAUCAUCGACUCUCAAGGCAACUCUGCCAAGAUCAAUGACAUGCAUCCUCGGCCUUCCACUGUUCCGUCUCCCAUGUUUGACAACCCAGCCAUCCACCGUGAGGGCGUCAACGUCUUUGAAGAGCGCCAAGAGCAUACCGCUCCCACUGGAUACAUGGUCGGCGGCAGGAUGUUCAAAGACCGCGAGGAGUUCCUGAAGGAGCUUCGCCGCACGGGGCACGUUCCGGGAAGCGGCUCUUUCUGUGUUCCCGAACCUGACUCUGAGGAUUCAGACUCCGAUGUUUCUAUGACCGAGGACAGCACCAUCAUCAGCACUGGCGCAUGGACCCAGCCACCUCCACCCGCGCCCACGCCGGCUCACGCUACCCUUCCUGCCCAGCCCGCUGAAGUCGCUGCUGUCCCUGCUGCCCCUGCUGUUCCUGCCGUCCCUGCCGUCCCCGCCGUCCCUGCUGUCACUCAUGUCGACCCCCUUGAAGCCCAACGUGCCAAGGCCAUGAAGCACACGCCGGCCAAGCAGAGUCGCCUCCGAGAAUUCAUGGUCCCGUCCCCCAGCCUUAAGUCGGAUGUGGGCGGUUCACCUUUGCCGCCGACUCCUAUCCCAACUGCCGCCGUUCCGACGGUAGAUGAAGACGGUAUUCCUAACCCGAUUCCCCUCGAUCUGGACCCUGAGCUGCUCGAAUAUGUCGCGCAGUUGGUGGCUACUCGCGAGUAUCAGGCACGCGCUGCGAAUAUGUGGGUGGGUGAGGUGGAGAUAACGUAUCUUCAGGAUGAUGACCUCAUUAGUGAGGAAGGGGAUGAUGAGCUCUGA